AUGAAACACAGUUCUGAUGAUUGGGAUUUUGAGACAAGUCCCAAACACUUGUAUACAAAAGCGAAACAUGGUUACUCACUCUGCUACUCUGAUGUCGAAGCCAUGAAGGAGAGAUUUUCUAAGCUAUUGCUCGGUGAAGAUGUCACGGGAGGAUGCAAGGGUGUGCAAACCGCUUUGGCUUUAUCGAACGCAAUAACUCAUCUUGCUACCUCGAUAUUCCGCGAGCUCUGGAAGUUGGAGCCUUUGUCUGAAGAACAAAAGCACAGAUGGAGAAGAGAAAUGGAUUGGUUACUCUCUCCAACUAAAUACAUGAUUGAGCUAGUCCCAUCUAAGCAAGAUGGUGCAAACGGAUGA